GUGCGUGGGGUGCAAAACUUCCGUGCGUGAGUGUGACCCGGUGAAUGGAGUGAGCUGUGAACCGUAAAAUAGAGGCUUUAGGUGAAAAAAAGAGAAAAGAAGAAAAAAAAUAAACCAACAAAAACUUCGAGUGGGUUUUGUUUUUGUUGCCGCUGUGCCGUCGGCUACGAGACGCAUGUGAGCGUCGGCUGAAGAGCAGAGCAGGAGAAGGAAGAAAAAUCAUCCAAAAAGUGCGACCUGUCGUCCUACGCUCGCAGACGUACGCACAUUGACAAAACUCUCAAGCCAGUCCGACGACUGAUUAAAUUUCUGGAGACCCGCGUGUGACAGGCGCCUGCUAACAACCAAGGGCCCAAUGAACUCGCGUCUUUCUCUCCGAAGAUAUGGAUGUGUGGGCAUUGCCGAGGUCGGAGAUUGCUAGUUUGAACGAUAGGACGGUUUCGUUGUUUAGGCGGCCGUUGAAGUUACUCCAUCAGUACGCAUUUUAUUAGCCGUUCGGUAUUCAUGCGAUCAUAUUUGAUUAUGCAAUUAUUUAGCGGAAGUGUUUUACGAUAACAGAGUGUUAUGAUUCUGGCAUUUUAACCAUCUUUCACACAUCGAGAUCAAGUGCAAGUGACACAGAAGUGCGUGAUCAAACCAAAUACAAGGCCAAUUUUGGUGCUGUUCAAGUAACAAGCCUGAAAGUGAAAGUGAUUCAGUUUAAAGAAGUAUAACCAUAGCCAGUAAAAAAACCCACUGUAAAACGAAAACGUAUCCUGGGCAGAUUUCACCAACCAAUCGGUGGUUCAUCUGAUUUAUCAUUAUUUUUAUGGCAGUAAUGUCCUACAGCUGACAGGCUCGUUGAUAAAAUCAGCCAUCGACUUUAGUUCAAGAUUGUGUAAAGGAUACCUAGCAUAUGGGUCACGAUGCGCCACAACAAUAUAGAGUCGAUCAGUGCGAUCACCUUCAACCAGCAACCAUCGAUGGAAGCACCGAUGGCCGAUGCAAACAACAACCACAACGAGAGCGGCUACGUCGGACAUCAUCUGAUGGGGGACGGGACCGGUUCGCUCGUGUCCGAAAUUAAGAAAGAUGAAAAGUAUUCGCUCCGUCAACGACAGUCACGUCGCACCACGCUCGAGACGGCAACCAUUAGCAAAACGACGACGAAAACCACCACCACCACCAAGGAGAAGGCAGCGCCAAAGGAAAAACCGAAACCCAAAGCAGCUCCCCUCAGCAAAUACCGCCGGAAAACAGCGAACGCACGGGAACGUAGUCGUAUGCGCGAAAUCAACAGCGCGUUCGAAAACCUCAGGCGUGCCGUGCCGGUAGCCGUGGCCGGUACAAGCGGUACCAGUUCCCCCGUCAGUUCUCCCCAGUGCAGCGGCAGUGCGGCAUCUAGUGAAAAGCUUACCAAGAUCACCACGCUACGGCUGGCGAUGAAGUACAUCCGGAUAUUGAGUGACAUGAUCCACGGUACUCCAGGUACGCUCGAAAACAACAACGAACUGGAUAUGGUGAACCACAACGAGAUCGAACGGGAAGUGAUGCAGAAGGGUUUGCUGUUGUUGGAAGGAGGCUACCAGAUGGGCGGUCUGGGUUACGUGUCGUCGUCUCCUGCCGUAUCGCCAGCGCGACCGGCCGUGGAUGCAAAGCCUUUGUCAGCUUCUUCCAAAAAUCACUCGCAACAAUCCGGUACCUCCUCUUCGUCGUCUACUAGCAGCCCGCGGAAGCGGACGUCAGCCAAAAAGACAACGUCCAGCAAUAGUCGCUCCAAGAAAACCACCUCCACCUCCAACAACACUAGGUCACGGGCUGCAGCAGGCACUAACGGGCGGAAAACUAUCGCAAACUCAUCGGCGCUUGAAAAGAUCGAUGACAACAUUCAACUUACGGCGCCCAGCUUACUAUCGGACUCGUCCCGACCCGACCCACUUGGUAUGGAUGUUGACCUGUGCUCGGUGCUGGAGUCGGACAACGACUCACUCAUCCUGUCCGAGCCGUGCCUUAGCCCGCUGACCACGGCUACCGGACCGGGUGGACUGAAAUCGCACAACUUUGCCUGCACCAACAGCCAAUCGGUGGUACCGAACGAUGGGCUAGAGUUUGGAUUGUUCCUAGAGUCGGACGCUGACUCGUUGCAGCUGUCGGAACCCUGCCUGAGCCCGCUAAGUCAUCUGGACUCGUUGAACCCUUUCAACGAUCUACUUCACACGGGCUUCAACGAGCAGACAGCCCUCGAGCUGUACCUAUAACCCGAGCUGAAAGGUCAGACGAUCGGACCGGCAAAACGGAAACGCUUGACAAUGUUUCCGUGUGUGUAUAUGAUUAUUCGCACCGUGCGAGCAAUAGAUUUAAGGCCAGCCCAGUGUCAAUGAAAGUCCCAGUAAUUUAUUCUCACCGUGUCAUAUUAGUUAAGCAAAGCAAAGCCGCCUGACGCCCGGACCCAACGAGUGACAAUGGCACGAUAAAACACAAUCGGCGGCUUCGAAGAGAACAGACCGAUCAUAACUAGCCGCCAGUCGAAUCGUUUCCGUCACAACCGGUGCAGGUUUGCCGUGACUUCCGUUAAUACAAAAGAAGAAGAAAAAACAAUUUUGCCAUUAUUUGUUUUCCCUGAAUACCUCCCGUUUCGUUUGUGCCAGAAACCGUCCUAAACACUUUAGGGGACAUUUAUAUUAUUUAGCAGCUUUUAAACUAGCACGACUCUGCAGGGGGCUUCUUCGUUUCCUGUAGAACGUUUAUUUGACCCUUUCUCUCAUCCUUCAAGCUGGCUAAUUAUUCGGAUAUUUAUUUACAAAUUUAAUAUUCCUAUCAGUCGUAAUACUUACAGACCUACAGACAAAUUUGUUUGUUGACUGGUUGGUAGGCUACACAUACAUAAUUACUAAGCUGACCCGAUUUCUUAUAAAACUCUAAAUAUCCCUUGAAAAGAAAUAUGGAUUACAUUGUUCCCACCAAACUAUUAGCCUUUUUGAGUAAUGUCACUGCAAAACUGCAAUUGUAAUUGGAUCACAAUUUCACACACAACUAAUGCCUUAGCUGCUCUCUUAUUGUUCAAUUGCACCAAGACCGUAGCUAGAACAACAAUCCAUGAAUCACACACAUUAAUCCCACACGUUACACACGAUACGUCAUGGUUUAUCGCGAUGACUCCAUUUCCAGCCCGUUAUAGCGCCCCAUUUUUGGAUCUAGCUAGCAUUUCAAUUUGUUUCGUUAAAGUUUAUGCAAAGCUCCUAAACCGAUCACGGCAGCCCUCUACCAACUACCCAAGAUCCACCUUGACGAUUGCUGUCGAGGUAUUGUUGCAUAAUGCAUCCCUAACACGUGAAACGACGCAUGCGUUUUGCCGUCAACGGUACGUGCUGCAUCGACCAGGCACGAAAUCGUACAGUGAGCCCUUUCGUUCAGUACCCACCUGCACAAGCGCUUCCAGCUCCCCUAGCUGGGGGAGGGAUAGCCACCCCCACAAUUCUAAGCAGAGCCGUCCGGGCGUACUUCUGCCUCCCACCCAGAAUCGCCGAAUGAAUGUGGAGCUGCAACGUGCCAAUUGCAGUUUGCUCUGCGGUAGGUGUUGCUUUUGUUAGUGAACACAAUCCUCCGGUACGAGUGCUUUGUGAUGAUUAAUAACAGAAGCCAUAAAAUACAUGCCAAAUCCACACGCGGGGCUGCAACGCGUGUGUUUGCGUUGCGGGUGUAGUAGCAGCACGUGGGUAGGCGUUACUAACUGUCUCUACCGAAGCGUAACGAACUGGAACGGGGGAACACUGACCAAACGCGCACCUGUUUGCUUGACGGUGGCUGGUUCGGGGUGCAUAAAAUGGUGCUAGUGGGCAACACACCACCCUUCACACUGCUCUGCUUUGAUGUGUCGAUUAGAGCCGCCAUUGUGCACAAACCAAGCUCCUGCCACGCCAGAGUAUUUUUUUUUUUGCGAGAUUUUGAUCUCGUUUACCAUUAUAAUUUUUUAUGUGUAUCAGCGUGUGUGUGUAUAUGAGUACCUUUUAUUCAAUGAAACAGCAAUCGUGAUCCAUUUAAUCAAACCGAUCCGUGGAAUUUGUUUUCCACCAGUACGAGGGCACCCUGUUACCACGAACGGUUAGCAGUUUGUCAGCUACUUCAGCGGCAAACCAACGCGCGAUCCGCAAUCCACCAGGCGGCAAACGCGGUAGCCAAAGUAGCGCCGACCGGGCGGCAAAAUUGCAUUAUCAUAAAGCCAAUCUCAAAAUUUGCCAUUUUCAACCUUUCACCAAGAUUGCACGGAUUUGGUCAUCUUUCGCAAGCACACUUCCCUCAUAAGCAUGGGGUAUCCGUUUCGCAACCCAACCGUCUCUUUCGAGGUUCUUUUUUCCUUCAUUUUACCGUCAUCGACGUUGUCGGUGGGGCCAUACAUUGUCUGCUCAUGCAUUUCAAAUUCUAGCGAUUACUGUAGAAGGGACCCUUUUUUGUGCAAUAAUGAAAGUGGUCGCGGAAACUUUUACUAUCUGGUCACUCUGCAUCUCUACAUUAAAAAUGGAGAUAUUAUGUCUUCCCGUCUUUCCUGCCUAUGUGUCGGGGUAUUAAACUUCGUGCUUUACUAAAGGCACUAGGAACAAACACAGUCCAGAAGCAUUCAGUUUGAAAAAUAAAAUGAUAAUAAAAUCUUCCAAUACUACAAAAAUAAAUAAACACUCAUGAUUCGGUUCAUCAAUUACUGGAAUCAAUUUUGAAUUAUGUUUGCGUCCUUUCUUGUUUAAAAAUCCUCUAAAUCUUUAUUCCUUAAUGAAAAUAUUAUUGUAAUGUUAAACAGUAAGUAGCAAAUAUAAGCGCCACUGUUUGUAAUCUAACAGAUUUCCGUACAGACACAUUCCACAAAGGGCAAAAAUAUAACACAAAAAUUGUAAAAAUAUUAUAAUAUGUAAGCUAGUGAUUAAAAAUAUGUAUGAUUCAUUCUUCUGUAGGUUAAAUAAUAGCCUCUCUAUUUUCUCGCUUACCUUCGCUCACUUUUGUAUCUGUUUCCGUGAGAUGAUAUGUAUUUAUAAUAACAAUGAGCGUGUAAAGGUCUAGUUUUACUAGCUUGUAAGUAAAAUACAGGAAGGCCAGCAUACAUCCUUAUUGUAGCGGCUUUGGCCUCUAAGCUGAGAAAGCAGUUUCAUACAGAUUUCAAAUGAUACAUUUCAAAUUGAGUGGCCUAUGAGCUAAAAUUAGUUUGUAUAAUGAAGUAUAUGUAUGUCGUACCACUACACCUAGCUCAUAAACAAAUGUUGAAAGUAGUAAAAACGACACAAAUUUUAUACAAAACA